AAACAUUUUUAACAAAACGAACUUGUUAUAUCAUCGACGGGAUCCAUUAAAUACGGCAAAUACUAACUGGUCGCUGGUUAGAUCGCAAGUGCGCAGUGCAAGAACGACAGAUCUUGCAUAUUUGGAUAUUGUUGUAACAAAUUGCAACGGUGUAUAUAUGUUUUAUAUUAGAGAAUUUCUGCAAUACCGUAUUUCGAGCCCGAUAAAAACGAAGACUCGCGUUCGAGACACACACUGUUGCAGGUUGUUACAACACGUUAAGCAGCCAUCAGGGCAUUUGAUGCGCUAUGAUGUUCUUCACCGGUCUGACGUUUCUGCUUACGGUUCUACUUGUUGGCGCUUUUGACGAUGCACACGAACUCGCGGAUCCAACACAUGAUAAGGUCGUCGUUUGUUACGUCGCAUCCUGGGCAACCUAUAGGCCAUCCGAUGGCGCGUUCUCCGUGGACAAUCUGCGUCCAGAACAUUGUACUCACUUAGUUUAUGCGUUUGCUGGCUUAGACGUUGCAACCUGGACUAUCAAAAGUACCGAUCCUUGGACAGAUACGGAAAAAGACGGAGUAGGCAACUACAGGAAGAUGACAGCUCUCCGGCAAAAAUAUCCAAAACUAAAAGUAACACUCGCUAUAGGCGGAUGGAACGAAGGAAGCAUAGGCUAUUCGUUACUCGCUUCAUCACCGGAACGCAGGAAACUAUUUAUCGCCAGCACUAUCAAUUUCCUCCAAACAUACGGAUUUAACGGGCUCGACUUUGUUUGGAUGUAUCCCGGACAUGGCGGAGGCAGCACGGAAGACAAACAGAACUUUGUCAUUCUCUUGAAGGAACUGAAAGAGGCCUACAAGCAACCCGGCCUUACGAUAACGGCAGCUAUCAGCGCGGUGAAAGAGACUAUUAACUUAGCAUACAACGUAGCCGAAAUGUCUAAAUAUGCUGAUCACAUUCACGUAAUGUCGUUCGAUUAUCAUGGAUCGUGGAACCAGAAAGUUCUUCCACAUGCACCAUUUCAAAGCAAGGAUGGGUUAAAUGUGGAAGAUUCUGUUACGUACUUGUUGCAACAAGGAGUCCCGGCCGCAAAAAUGGUCCUAGCGUUGCCGACGUAUGGAAGAACUUACAUUCUGACGAAACCACUAGAGAAACCAGUGAAUCCAAUUGGUCUACCUGCUCUGCCAACUGGAUUUAGGGGACCUUACACUGGCCAAGAUGGCUUCAUGGGAUAUAACGAGAUUUGCGAGGCACAGACAGAAAAUCCGAAAGCCUGGACAGCUGGAUGGGAUAAUGAAACCAGCACGGCUUAUUUAAUUAAUAAGGACCAUGUUAUCCUUUACGACGACGUUAAAUCUAUACAAGCCAAGGUGAAGUACCUAAAGGAGAAGAAGUUAGCGGGUGUCAAGAUAUGGAGCAUCGACACUGAUGACUUCCGCGGCAAAUGCAAGACGUCCGACUACCCACUUAUGAGAGCCAUCAAUGCAGCUUUGGCGGCCAAGUAAUUCGUGCAAUUCUUUUCGUAAUAAUUGUGUCGCGAAGAAACGUCAAGCAUCUGCAAUUGACGUAAAACCUUAAUAAAUUACUUUUAUCUCAAAA